UUAUUACUUUGGCAAGAUUUUUUAGAGCCUAAGCUAUAAUGUUAUUGAGACAUUUUCAGUUUCAUUACGUGAGAUUGUAAUUAUAUUUUAUAAAUCAGAUUUUUUACUGUUCUGUUGUUUUCAUUUAAAAUUAUUGAUCAACAUUUCCCUUUUCUUUUAGUGGCUCAACAAAAAAACAUUGUUUUAUCGAUAACUUACGUAGAUAUUACAGACCACUCUAGUCUAUUGUCAUUCUGUGAUGGCGGUGCUUGGGGAGCUACGCCAAGUUCAUUCGUAAAACAUUGAGCACAGUGUUUUCUUAUUGUUUUUAUGGAAAUUUGUUUGUUUAUUUGAUAUAUUUUUAUGUGAAUUAAUCAUUUAUGAUGAAUAAUCAUGUGUUUCUUUGAAAUCAAGGCGUCUGUUUCAAUGAAAUUUCUUGGCGCUAACAAUUUUGUUUCCGAAUAAAAAAUAUUGUUAUACUUAUAGGAACCUUAUUAGUGAAUUAGAAAGCGCAUAUCUCUGAUAUAAACUUGGUAGUAACAAUAUAAAAGUGAGUUUUUACUAGUUGGUUUGCUAUAAAUUACCGCCAACAUGAAUGACAUUCGCGACAAAGUAGUCGCCGGUUCUUCUACGUGGGAAACUGGUGUUGGUCAUAGCGACUCGUCGCCGGAGCUACAGUCAUCGCCCGGCGGCAGCGCGGGUGGUGAGACGCCGCAGACGCCAGGCGCGCCCGCACCGCUUGCGCCUCAUCUCGCAGCAGACCUCCAUCCAGACCUGUUGCAACAAGGCUGGCGCAAGUACUGGUCCAAGCGUGAAAACAGACCUUAUUUCUGGAACAAACUUUCAGGAGAGUCUAUGUGGGAAUUACCUGCUGUGAAGAGAGACUUUGAUCCCAUUACAGAUCCACUCGGUAUAUGUCAUACUGGCCCCCCCAAUGCUGGUAACAUGACUCCAGGAGCUACAAAACGUCGUCCAUCAGAAGAUAACGGGCCUCCUCCGAAAAAAUUUGUUCUGGCAGGACCUUGGGAUAUUGAAGUACCAACAAAUGUAGUUAUUUAUGAAAGACCUCCCACUAUAUGUCCACAUCCACAUCCUGAAAUUGAAGGAUUCAGAUUUACUCUGGCAAAUAAACUACGACAAUGUUAUCAAGAGCUAUGUCACACCAGAGAGAGUAUUGAUGCCCCUAAGGAUUCAUUUAACCGUUGGUUAAUGGAGCGGAAAGUAAAUGAUCAAGGUGGUUCAGAUCCUCUGUUACCCAGUCAUUGCUUUCCAGAGAUAUCUCGCUCGAUGUAUGAGGAGAUAAUGAAUGACAUACCUAUAAAACUAACACAUCCAAAAUUUACUGGAGAUGCAAGAAAACAGCUGUCUCGUUAUGCUGAAGCUGCAAAGAAAAUGAUUGAGUCAAGGAAUGCUUCACCUGAGAGCCGUAAAGUAGUCAAGUGGAAUGCUGAAGACACUUUCCAGUGGCUAAGACGCACAGUUGGAGCCACUUAUGAUGAUUUCCAGGAUAGAUUAGCUCAUCUGAGAAGACAGUGCCAACCACACUUGUCGGAGACGGUCAAAGUGUCUGUGGAGGGAAUAUGUCUGAAAAUCUAUCACUUGUCAGCAGAAUAUGCUCGAAAAAUACGAGAAAAACACAGUGCUUUGUUGAAGGAGAAUGGUAUACAGGAGUUGCAGGCGCCGCUGCAGCAGGCGGCACUGCGCAAGGUUUGGUGCUACCCGGUGCAGUUCGCGGUGCCGGCGCCGCGACCGCCGCUCGUCGAACAUUUCCUCGACCGCGACCAGGCGCUGCUGCGCUACCUCGGCGAGACGCAGAUCCUCAACGCCGCCUACUUGCAGAAACUGGAAUGCCUGUACCGAUACAGUUGCUUCGACGAUAAAAAGUUCGAGCAGUUUCUAUCCCGCGUAUGGUGCUUGUUGCGUCGCUACGCGGCGUGGGUCGGCGGCGGCUCCAGCGGGGAAGCCCACCUCACGCAGAUGGCGCUGCCCGUGCCUGUGCUUGACUGUCUGCAUCGCUGCUUCGGCGUCACCUUCGAGUGCUUCGCCAGUCCGCUAGACUGCUACUUCCGUCAGUACUGCUCUGCGUUCGCUGAUACCGACUCCUAUUUCGGGUCUCGUGGUCCGUUCCUGGAGCUGCGGCCGGUGUCGGGGUCGAUGGUGGCGCACCCGCCGGCGUGCGAGGAGCUGGUGGAGGCGGCGCUGCGGCACAUGGAGCGGCUGCUGCAGGACUCGGCCGAGCCGCUCAGCUUCGUGGUCGUGCUGCCCGAGUGGCCGGACCGGCCCACACACGCGCUGCACAAGCUACAGGCUAGCCACUUCAAACGGAAACAGGUGGUGAUCCCCGCUUUCGAGCACGAGUACCGACACGGUUUCCAACAUGUCCUUCCAAAGAACGAGGUAUACUUCAGAUGGGGCGGCGGCACGGUGGUGGUGUGGCUGCAGAACGCGGCGGGGUUCGCCCGCUGGGGCCCGUCGGAGGAGCGCGUGGAGGCGCUGCUGGACGCGUGGCGGCCGCGCGCCAAGCUGCGCGCCGAGCCCGCGGCGCCGGCGCCCGCGCCCGCGCCCGCGCCCGCCGACGCCGAGCCCGCGCCGCCGCCCGCCGCGCCCGCGCACGCCGCCCCCGACCCCGCCGACAAGCGCUAGUCUGGCGCCCGACUUGUCUCCAAGUCGAUGCGAAAACAAAACUGAUGACAACGGAGAUCGCGGAAAUCAUAUUUUGACUCCUAAAGAGCGUCCCCGAUCUAUCGGUCUGUCUUUAAUGUUUGUCGCGAUCCCUGCGAUUGUGAUAUGCGACAAUGACGCCUACAAACUACCGUGAUCAUGAGUGUUAGGAUUUAUUUUAUGAUAGUCGUUGAAUUUGGACGAUAACAGUGUUGCCGAUCGUUAGAAGACUAUAGUUGGCCGAUAGUUUAGUCGAUAGCUCGGUACCUGACGAUAGUGUCGACACAAAGUACAAUACUAUCGAUAGUAUUGAUUGUUCCGAUACUAUUGCAUAAUCUCGAACUAUUAAGCUGAGAUUAGGUUUAUUUCUUUUGGAAUUCGAUACUAUAUUACUAUCGAUAUAUUGUGGUGCUCCGUCGAUACUAUUGUCAGGUUUCGAGCUAUCGAUAAGAUGCUCUUUUUUAGAUGAAAACUAUCGAUAGUUCAGCAAUACUGAACGAUAACUAUUAAGGUCGCUCUCUGCACGGUUCUGUUGGUUAAACCUACAUCUGUAGAUUACGAAAACCUAAAAGAUACGUUUUUCCGCCAAAUACACCUACGCACGAUCUUUCGAUGUAUUUUCGAAUUUUACUGUAUGUGCAUUCUAAGAAAUUGCCGUAUGAAUGAAGAUGUUUCUGUGUACAUAGUGGAUGAUGGGUUCGUUAUUUUUCGGCCAUCGGCUUUACGGUGGCUUAUCUUGUAUUGUAGUAAGAGUAAAGUAACUAUGUCUAAAAAUCUGUAUAAAUAAUAAAGAGUAUAUUGUUUAAUAGAUUAUUUAGUUUUUAAUCACUGUAAAAUGAAGUCGAGAAUGAUACCGGUGUGGGCUGUUUACUUGUGUAUGACUUAAGCCGACUGAUGUUAUUUAUAUUCAUAUAGAAAGAGAAGUGAACAUGAUCUAUAGUGAGGCACAGUGACGUAAGUAGAAGUGUACAAAACCUAAUGAGCUCCUUUUAAAGUCAGUGUCAUUUAGAUCUUGUAAAUACUGAAGUGUGAUUGAUGUAUGUAAACAUAGCCCUAGGGAUUAUUUGGUAAA